GACCGCAUUGCAGUGACUGAAGCCUUGGAGCAUAGGUUGUUCACCUCGGGGCCCAAUGUCAUCCGCGACCCCUCAAGGGAAACGUCGGCACCGAAGUACGUGACGCUGGAAUUCGAAAAGGAGCCUGACCUGGACGAAAAGCUCCUCAGGAAGUACUUUUGCAAG